CCAGAGUCUAGAGACUAGGUUAUGUGUGACAGAUGGGGUUAGGUUCCCGAAGAUGAGGCUUUUGAGGGUGAGUAGAAAGUGCGAAUUAUUUAAAUAAAGGAUCAUUUGCCUCUAAAACGGUUAGAUGUUAAUCUACUGACCGACACGACUGCAAAUAAAGGCGCCCUGACCACGAUCGGUCGUGUGCAUUGUUUUAUACAGCCAGACAGUCACAAUUUACGCGUAGAAAUUGGGCCGGCGUGAGAUCAGCAGGCGACCACCGAGGUAAGGGAGCAGCGCUGAGAAAGGAGAAUGAAGGGGGAAGAACAGGGGAAAUGGUGUUCGGAGUACCUCGGAUAUAACAAUAUCUUCUUAGUGUCCUUCGAACGGUCGUCAAGUAGAUAUACAAACCGAGUAGUGGGCAACAUAUCUGCUAGGUGUAAAAUUACUACACAUUACUUCUGAAGUAAUAUUACAGAUAACAGAUAUCAGCAAUUAUCCAUUACACCAAAGUUUCGGAAUGUGUGCAUUACUUCGAGAGAUAUAUAUGCCUGUCGAAUAUAACAAGUUCUUUAAUCCGAAUAUUUGUCAUGUUUGCAAGAUUAAAAAUACUGAUAAUUAGGAAAUUUGUGAACAAUGCUGCAUGAUAAGUUACCGCAGCUAGAGGCACAAACUGAUGCAUCAUGCGCAGUUGCGCGCUGUUAUAAAGAAACUUAGCGAGCAACACAUCUGGCUCCGUGGGUAUUUCAACCUGGAGGAAUGGGUCAAGUCGAGGAAAGAAUUUGUGCAUUUAAUCAAGGCAGAGUUGUCAUGUGAUCUAGAGCCAUAUGAAGCAGAUGAUCAUGUUCAUAAAAGCUUGUCGUAUAUGUCACGAGCAACAGAAUCUUUAUACUUGUAGAAGAUGUUAUUCCGUCAACUAUUGUUUUGAUCAUGCAGACACUGUGAAAAGAGAUGGUAAUUUUGAUUGCGAGAAGCUGAAGUUAUGUCUUGAAGUUGAUAGCAAACUACAAUUUGGUUCAACAUUAUUAGGUCAUCAUUUCAUCAACCCUCCAGUGUACUUUAAACCUUCUGUUGAUAUGUCAUCAUUCCUUAAACUACAUAAUUUCAAAUUUUUGGACUCUGUCACACUGUAUUGCUACACUGAUUAUAUAUCAGGACCACUGACACUGUAUUAUGGGAUGAAAAAUGUACUUCUUUUAAAUCCCCAAGGUGAACAUUUUUGCUAUAUUGUUUAUAUAGUAGCUGCAAACAUUGUUGAUAAAGCAUAUGUACCCUCUUGGGGACUUUUUCUGCAUCGUUUACGUUGGCAAACGCAAUUAAGAAUUAUACUAAUAGGAUUGCAAUUACAAGACGAUCGUAAAAAUAUAGAAACUUGUAUUAAAUGCAGGCCUACGCAGAGGAAGUUUAAUUUCGAAUGCCAUCGUACAUCGUACUGUGAUUAUGUUAACAGUGAUAUGUAUAUAAAACCAAAGGUAAUUAUAGAGUUUCAAGUAGAUUUUAAUGACUGGGAACCAUCGUCCGAGUUGAUUUUAAAAUUACGGGAUCAAAAUUGUCCGUUGCUUUUAACCGACAAAUCUAAACUUAAAGUUGAAGAGAACAUAAAUAAGCUAUUCGAAGUUCUGGGUUCACCUUUAAAUAUUGCAUAUCACGAAAAAAAUAAAUUUUGUUCCAUCAGGCCCUGUACAGAUCUUGAGAACGACGGUGUGUCUUAUCGUAAUCAUCAUUUAACUGUUUUCAAAAAUUUGAGUGUUUCAUCGCCAUCUGAUACGUCGUCUGACACGUCGUCUGAUAUGUUGUCUGAUAUAUCGUCUGAAAUAAAUAAUUAUGAUUAAACUCUU